AUGGGUAACGGUGACGCAAGGCUCCCAGGGAAUCGCCAUCCCGGCGUUCCUGACCUAGCCGCAUCCACGGAGAAGCGCCCAACCUCGGAUCUGCCCGAAAAGUCGCCAGUCGAGAACGAAAAGCCCCCACAGUCGACAACCCACGAGGGCCUGUUCCAGAAUGCUCCCGGGCAGGACGAAGAAUCUGGCGGCAGGACCAGCGAAGACAGUCUAGCCCCGUCUCAGAGCAAGCAGCCCCAGUACACGCCAGAUGGCAAGCGCAUCAUCACCGAGGAAGAAUGCUACGACGCACUGGGGUACUCGUGGCCGUCAUGGAAGAAGUGGAUGCUUCUGUCGUCCAUCUUCGCGGUGCAAAUGUCCAUGAACUUCAACACCAGCGUCUACCCCAGCGCCGUCGAGCCCCUAAGCGAACACUUUGAAGUGAGCGAGCAGGCCGUCCGAGCAGGGCAGUGCGCCUUUCUCGUUCUGUAUGCCUUUGGGUGUGAGCUGUGGGCGCCGUGGAGCGAGGAGUUUGGACGCUGGCCGAUCCUGCAGUGCUCAUUGUUUCUCGUCAACAUCUGGCAGAUUCUCGCCGCCCUUGCGCCAAACUUUGGAAGCAUCAUUGUCGCGCGGGCCCUCGGUGGAUUGAGCUCCGCUGGCGGCAGUGUGACACUUGGAAUGGUGGCCGACCUCUACCAGCCCGAGGACCAGGACUGGGCAGUGGCCUUUGUUGUCCUGUCAUCCGUUGGCGGCACCUCAAUAGGCCCCAUUGUCGGCGGGCCCAUCAAGAAGUUCCUGCCGUGGUACUGGAACUUUUGGAUCCAGCUCAUUUUUGGCGUUGCUGUCCAGGUCGUGCACUUCUUCAUGCCCGAGAGCCGAGCCACGAUCCUCAUGGACCGAGAGGCCAAGCGGCGCCGCAAGUCUGGCGAAGACCCCAACAUCUACGGCCCGAAUGAGGUCAAAAAUCCGCGCAUCUCGUGGGAGGAGGUUGGCGUGACGUGGAUACGGCCGUUCGAGAUGUUCCUCCGCGAGCCGAUUGUCCUGUCCUGCUCCCUCUUAUCAGGCUUUUCGGACGCCUUGAUCUUCACGUUCCAGGAGGGGUUCACUCCCGUCUUCAAGCAAUGGGGUUUCGGAACACUGGAGCUCGCCUGGGCUUUUAUUCCCAUUAUCAUUGGCUACCUGAUUGCGUACGUCAGCUACUUCCCCUGGAUCAUUAGGGACAGUAGGAUCACCAAGACCAAGGGCCCCGACUACUUGCCGCCAGAGCACAGGCUCAAGUGGCUGCUCUACCUUGCGCCCCUGGAGACCAUUGGCCUGUUUGGCUUUGCUUGGACGUCGCUCGGCCCUCCACAGGUACACUGGAUCGCCCCCAUGAUAUUCUCUUGCCUCAUCGCCAUCGCCAACUACGGCAUCUACAUGUCGACAAUCAGCUACAUGCUCGCUGCCUACGGGCCAUAUUCAGCCAGCGCGACGGGUGGGAAUGGUUUCGCGCGCGAUCUCUUGGCCGGCAUUGCCGCCCUAUACUCUACUCCUCUUUACACGAACAUUGCGCCAAAUGGCCUCCAUCUCGAAUACGCAAGCACCAUCCUGGCGUGUCUCGCCUUUGUCGUUACCAUGCCCGUCUAUCUCAUCUACUGGAAGGGACCCUGGCUGCGUGAAAAGUCCAAAUUUGCGCAGUCCCUGGCGGCGGACCGAAAGGCCAAGGGGGGCCACCGGGUGGCAGAGGCGACGAAGGAGCAGCUCGAGCCUCACAAUCUGUAG